AUGUAUAGGAAACUGCUCAUAUGCAAUUUCCUCGCUAAGUGUGAGGAAAACUCGAGAGAUAGGGAGGCGGGGGCGGAGGAAAGGCCGCGGAGGCGAUCUGGCUCCAGCAUUGUGGUGCUGGGCGCCGAGGACGAGAAGCGCCCGCCCCCGGAUGACGAGGCGGAGAUGCUCACCAUGCUGUCGCUCACAUCGGACACCGGUCCCCACCGCGAGAUGCCGGUGGACGUGCCGGAGAACUUCAUAGCGCGGAACAAGACACCGCCCCGGUACCCGCCGCCGCGGCCCCCCCAGGUACGAACCCGCGCACGCGACGACGAGCCGCUGCUCUCGUCCGGCGGGUCGGGUACCAGCUUCGGCAGCAAGCAGAGCACCGUGCUGCACAGCGCUGCGGACACGUCCGCCCCCAGCUCGGAGGGCACGCUCGAGCUGCUCUCGCUGCCGCAGAGCUCGGACAGUUCCGGGGUCAGCUUUGGCAGCAAGAAGAGCAAGGGAUCCACCGAGACCGCCAAGUGCGACCUCGCCUCCGAGCGGUCCGCGUCGCCCGCGUCGAACGCCACCCACAACUUGUCUAACCACAAGAUCCAACUUCUCAUAUCGAGCGGCCAGGACUCCCUGCUCGACUGCAGGGAGGGCGUCGCCUACUCGGCGCGGACCGACUCGGUGCUGAUACGGGAGGCGGUGUACGCGUCGUACAAGCUGCCGCCCGGCUUCGACACCACGCCCGUGCUCCUCGGCAGGGAGGUGGCCGUGGACGUGCCGGAGAACUUCGUGCAGAUCGUGAAAACCACGCCCAAAUACCCCGGUACCGUGGACAGAAAGUGUGUGCUCCAGCAGGUGAAUGGGAACGUGAAGGGCGCCGCCCCCGCAGUGCCACCCCGCGAGGUCCCGCGCGACGCACCCCCCAGGCCGCCAGCGCUCGACGUCACAAGGGACCAGAUCGAAUCGAUCCGGAAGUACCAGGUCAGUGCCGUUUUUGUUAGAGUUCCGUACCCAAAAGUU